AUGUCGACGAAAGAAUUAGUCAUAAAUCACCCGGAUCUAAGACUAAACAAACAGACCAUUUCAAAGCAGAAAAGCACCAAUUUUUGCUACGUGUGUCUCAACUGUGGCUUAUACUCUGACAGAUAUGAUCGCAUGAAAUCUUUAGAGCUUCCUGUGAGAAAACGAAAACGUUAUGUGCAUAAAAAGGACGAAAUGGAGCAAGAAAAGGACCCUCAGAUAGUUGAAACACAGAAAAUUCCUGCAAAAGACAAAUUCUGUAAUUGUGAAUUGUGUCAGAUAAGUCACGAGGGCUAUCCAACACGCGACUCUGUUGGUCGACUAGAUGGAAAGUACUUCUGCAAGGAAUGUAACUUUUCCACCGUGUGGAAAGUCGCUUUAUCUGUUCACAUGACAUCACACAAAAAACAGCGUUACUUCAUAUGCGAUAUGUGUUAUUCCAAAGCAAAAGUCACCGGGACAACAGAGGAUCCAAAAAAUCAGCACAUAGAAUACGAAGAUACAAGUGACUCAGCUGAAGACAAGCCGUUUAAGUGUAACGAGUGCAGCUAUAGAGCGGCAUCACGAGCUAGACUGAAAAUGCACCUCCGGAUCCACACUGGAGAGAGACCGUUCAAAUGUGACCAGUGCAAUUAUUCAGCCACUCAGAAUGGACAUUUGACCACACACAAACGGACUCACACAGGGGAGCGACCAUACGGGUGCAAUUUGUGUAGUUUUCGGGCAAUAUUGCAUUGA